AUGUCUUGCUGCACGUCUAAUGCUAACCCUGGACGCCGGCGGUCGACGCUUCGCUCCAGAGUGCGGCCGCUCACUUCGGGCGGAGAGCAUCAUCAACAUCACCUGCUCCACCAUCACCAUCACCACCAUCACCAGACGCAAGAUGGGAUUGGACGAGUCCAUGACGGAUCGCACAGAGAAGCGGCCUCUCUUUUCGCUGGUGAAAGCAACCAGAGUGCCAUUGUCGAGACGGAUGAGACUCUCGCCGCCACAGCCCCCAGAUCAAAGCAUCGCCAUAGCAAGAGCUUCUCCAGCAUCUUGCAUGGCGCCAGUGAGCUCAAGACGAUCACCCGGUCUUUGUCCAUCAGCAUUCGAAACAAGGGGAAACGAGCGGCGCAGGUACCAGGCGAACAGCUGCUGGAAAACCAGGGCCAUGACGAGUCCAAGGCAGGCUGGUUUCGGAGCCACAGACUGCCACGCCGCCGGUCUCUUGGUGGAAUCUGCAACUUGAACAAAUUCUAUCCUCCGGUGUCGAGCCCGCCCCUACCUUCAAACUUCAAGGACUUCGCUUGCACACAGCAGAAUGGUGAGCUGGUGGGCGGUGCGGCUGGGCGCAAGGGAAUGCUUGCACCACCACCAAAGGGGGAGGAUGAAGGAAUGGAGAUCUUCGAGCUUGCUGGUCAUCUUGGUGUCAAGCUUGCCUUGGACUCGGAAAGUGGAAUAAGCAUCAAUAUUCGGGACACUGACGAUAAUGCAAAGAAGCUAGAUUGCAUUCGCAAGGAUCCCGUUUCCUUGCCUGCAGAACUCAUGGCGCAUAUUCUGUCCUUCCUCGACGCCGAUUCACUCAAAAAUGCAGAGCUAGUCUCGCGCUCGUGGAACGUCCAUGCUUCGUCUAGCAACGUUUGGCGAGAGGUUUUUUAUCGUGAAUACAGAGACAGUCGUAAUGUCACUCGUACGCCUGGUAUCCCGAAGCGAGCGAUGGGCCUGGGAAGGAAGAAGCCCGCCCAGGACUGGAAAAAGGUGUACAAGGUUCGACACACCUUGGAGAACCGCUGGAAGUCUGGAAAAGCUGCUGCCAUCUACCUGCAUGGCCACCAGGACAGCGUGUACUGUGUUCAGUUUGACGAGUAUGCCAUUCCCCUCACAUAUUCCUUGUCUUCUGCUCCAUGUUUAACUGACAACUUGGCCAGGAAUAAAAUCAUUACCGGUUCCCGGGAUCGUACCAUCCGCGUGUGGGAUGCACGCUAUCCGUGGCCGUGUUUGAAAGUCAUUGGUGCACACCAGGCCACAUCUGACAGCAGCGUGCCCGUAACACCCUGGCCCAUCACUCCGCCUGCAGACUCAACCGGCAGCUCCCCGUUUAUAAGCAUAUGUCCACCUGUGGCUUCUACUGCUGACCUCAUCUCCCACCACGAGUCUGGAGAGUACCACAAUGCCUCGAUCCUCUGUUUGCAGUUUGAUGAUAAGAUCAUGGUCACCGGCUCAUCAGACGCCAGCUGUAUCGUUUGGGAUAUGCAAGAUGACUAUCGCCCCAUUCGCCGCUUGAAGUGGCACCAAGCCGGUGUUCUUGACGUCUGCUUUGACGAUAAGCACAUUGUGUCCUGUUCCAAGGACACUACCAUCUGCGUUUGGGACCGCGAAACCGGCCAGCUACUCAAACGCCUCCUCGGUCACCGCGGUCCAGUAAACGCCGUUCAGCUCCGUGGUGAUCUAGUCGUCUCUGCCAGCGGUGAUGGCGUCGCUAAACUAUGGAACAUAUCAUCUGGUCUCUGCAUCAAAGAAUUUGCCAGCAAAGACCGUGGCCUGGCUUGUGUUGAAUUCUCCGAGGAUGCACGCACUAUCCUAGCUGGCGGAAACGACCAGGUUAUAUACCAAUUUGACGCAAACACGGGUGAACUCGUGAAGGAGUUAGAAGGCCAUUCCGGCCUCGUUAGGUCUCUGCACAUGGAUAACGUCAAUGGCCGAGUCAUCAGCGGCAGUUACGAUAUGAGUAUCAAAGUGUUUGACGCAAAGGCUGGAAAACUCAGCGUCGAUCUCCCCGGCUGGACCACGAGCUGGAUGCUGAGCGCAAAAUCAGAUUAUAGAAGAAUAGUCGCAACUAGUCAAGACGCUAGAGCUGUGAUUAUGGACUUUGGAUAUGGUUUAGACGGUAUAGAAUCGCUGGAAGGUUAA